AUGACGACUGCUUUCGAAAUCAUCGAUCCAAACGAGCCGGUGGAUGAGAAUAAGCUUCCGAAUGGAAUGGAAGUCAUUCAUCAUGAUGUUAAUGCGUUCUCCAAUCAUUAUGUCGAUGGAAAGUCAUUUGACGAUUUGAAAAAGAAGCAAGUGGAAACUGGAGCAGGAAUUCAUUUUGGAGUUGACUUCAAACUUCAUCCAGAUGGAUUGAAGAAGUUGAGUGCUGUUGGACAGGCGAUUCAAUCAAAUAACUGCAUUCUUCAACACAAUCUCGUUAUGUAUUCCUUUGUUUAUUCAAUCACUGUGGUUGGGCAGAACGAAAAAGAUGGAUUAUACUGCAAACUGAGUAUUGUUCCCGUUGGAUACACUUUCAAAUAUCCAACUGAAAUGGUCAAAGGCGGAGUUGCUGUGACCUACAAACCACAAGUUCCAGAAUUGGAAAAUGUCAAAUGGGUUCAUAAGGAUGGAACGGAAAUUGAUUUGGUCAGAGAGGACAAUGGAUUAUACUCCUGUCAAUCCAUGGUCACUUUGAAUUCUUUUGAGAAUUUCACUGAGAAUGGAGUUGCCGUUUUGAGAGUUGAAAUGACGAUUGACAAGGACUAUUUUGAAAUUGGAGAGUAUAUAAAAUUGAACUUGAAAGAAGCCCACGUGGCACCCAGCUCUUACAAGAUUCUGGAUAAGAUUCUGAUGGGAGAAAAGGUUCCAAAAAGUGAUUGGAUUCUGUCGGCUGGCGAGGGCUUCCCAAGAGAUUUUCAUGUUCAUGGACCGGCUGCUGUCACUAGUCAUAUGAGCAUUGGAAAAGAGAUCGCCAUGAUUUCUCAUGAGAAUCGCUUCAUCAUCACAAGUCUCAAAUCAAAGGACAUGCGUGUGAUUUUGACAUACAUCUACCAUCGUCGUUUUGUUCUUCCCGAUUUCGAUGCUGUCAGUCGUAUUGGAAAGAUCUUGUCACUUCUAUUCCGCGAUGAUAUUUUCCAAUUCUUUGAUAGCUGGAACGUUGAGUUGAUCAAGAAUUUGAAGAAACUUGAUCGCUCUGACACACUGAAAACUGUAUCUGAAUGUGUGAAAGCGUUGAUCUGUGUGACCUGUGCUUCUCAAGGAUCUCUCCUCGGAGCAUAUAAUGUUGCUCUGAUUGUGGCCGCAGAUGCAUGGCAAAUGGCUGAAGCAAAGGGAAAGAAAGUUAAAAAAGAGAAAGUGAAGAAGGAGAUUGGAGAGUCCUGGCCACUGAUUGACGAUAUUCUUGAGCUAAUCGACGACUUCAAAUGCGCGGUUUGUGGAACAGAGAAGAUGGAAUUCGUUGAGAAACUCGAAUCGGAAUAA